UGCACUGUUUAAUGUGAUGCUGCAUUAUAGUUUUGUUAUAAUGGUUUAAAUCAUGUCUAGCCUUGAACGUGAUUAUAUACAUAUCAAAAACAUAAAUGUAACUUCUUUGGCCUUGACGUCUGUAUUCAUUUCCUGUUACAGUAGUGACAAGUCCAUAUGUGGGUUGUACUGUGAUUGCAGAAAGACGUGAUUUUAAAUUACAAGUUAAUUAUACUAGUAGUUUAACUUUUUUAUUUGGGAAUUAAACAGGGAAUUUUACAUAAAACUAAACUUGGUAGUUUAAACAAUGUGAAAGUUGGAUGCAUAAUGUUACAGUGUAGAAGGCAUGUUUUCAUUAAGUUCGAAGAACUUAAAACAGGUGGAAUAUGUUCAUUUUUAAAAUAAGAUAAAUGCUGAAGGAAUCAUAUCACAAGUGUACCACUAAACAGAAACACAUUUUCCUUGUACUUUAUUGGGUAUAAAUCAUAUUAAUUUUUUUUCAGAAUUAUGGCCUGUAAGAGUUAAAGUAUAUAUAGUGUGACCUGGAAUUUAAUCUCUACACAUUGCAUAAAGUUAAAUUUUUAUGCAAGAACCAAACACACAAUGACAUAAAAACAAUAUAGUUUUAAUUGUGCGACCAGGAACUGCCAGCAUGCCACUUACAGCUGAUUCUGAUGCACCAGAAAGCCGGAGUGUAACAGACAGUGUUGGUAGUCAUAGUGAUGCCUCAGGGCACACUACAGUCACAUCUCAUCAAGUACAGAGACCAAGAAUGGAUGUGGUGUGUGUUAUUGAUGUGCACCAGCCAGAACAUCUGGCGCACAGAAAGCGGGCUUUGGAAGAAGUACGACAGGCUUGUGUUUUGGUGAAUGCCAACAUGAACCAUAUCCAGUUUGAGAAACUUGAUUUUGGUGAGACAAAUGUGUUGGAUACAUUCUACAAUGCGGAUGUUGCAGUGGUCGAUUUAUCUGUUCAACUUCAACAAAGUGCCUUAUUCUAUCAUCUUGGUGUACGUGAGAGUUUUGGGAUGAAAGAGAACAUACUUCUCUAUAAUGAUUAUGAUACAGAAGCAACACUGAGACUGAAGUUAUCUUGUGGCAGCUAUACAUUUGUGUCUUACCGGUUGGUGGAUUGUGGGACGUGUGUCACCACAAACCCAACCCCAGUAAGUGUACCAGGAGUUGAGAAUCCAGUGGACCCUAAGCAGCAUCUCACCAUCAAACUGAAGAAGUUGUUACAAGAUGUUGAGGUGCAGUCCAAGGCGCACAUGAAGGAGAAGUUUCUGUCAGACUUGCGUAAGGCGAGAGAGCUGUAUUCUGGUGAUGAGUUAGCGAAGGCUCUUCACAACAUGAGGAAACGAUUGGAUGACCCCAAUGUCCUAUCUGGAGAAGUGGUACUAAAUGUUCUCAUUUCAUUCAGAGAAAUUCAGGAUUAUGAUGCCAUGGUGCAGCUGGUUGAUGAUCUGAAAACAAUUCCCAAUAAAAAGAAUUACAUCAGUACACCAGCCAUAAGAUAUCUCUAUGCAUUUGCACUGAACAGGCGGAACAAGGAAGGAGAUCGGGAGAAUGCUCUCCGUGUCAUUGAGAAAGCUCUAGAAAAAAAGGAGAAUCAUGUUCCUGAUAUGUUGUGUCUGUGUGGUCGAAUUUACAAGGACAAAUUUGUAGAAUCACGCCAUACAGAUGAAGACAGCCUCAGAAAUGCAAUCCGCUGGUACCGGAAGGGUUUUGAAGUACAGCCUAAUGAAUACGCUGGUAUUAACUUGGCAACAUUGCUAGUUAUUGCAGGCAAUGAGUUUUCAAAAUCAGAAGAACUUCAGCAUAUAGGUAUGGUGCUGAAUAACUUGAUAGGAAAGAAAGGCAGUUUGUCCUCCUUACAAGACUACUGGGAUGUUGCUACCUUCUUUGAAAUCAGCGUUCUCGCUGAAGACCAUGCUAAAGCAAUACAGGCAGCAGAAUGUAUGUUUAAAUUAAAACCCCCUAAUUGGUACCUGAAAUCAACAAUAGGCAACAUUUCAUUGAUAGAUCGUUUUCGCAAAAAUGAAGAGUCAGAAGCAUCUCCAGAACAACAGGUGUUUCAGUUUUGGGUAGAGUACUUUGUAGAAGCAACCAAGGCUGAAGUUGGGGACUGUAUACGCUUUCCUAUGCUGGUUCUAGAACCAACAAAAAUCCUCAUGCCUAGCUAUGUUAAUGUAAAUCUGGGGGCUGAAGAGAAAUCAGUCCAGAUUUGGAACUUGUGCUUGGACAGUAUGAAAGGGAACUGCCGGCAGGUUCAUGACUGGCUCUUCACAGCCAGCAUGAUUCGUAGUGUGAGUUUGUAUAAGCGUGACGAGAGGUGCCUCUUCCUCUAUGUCCACCAAAACUCGGAUGAUUUUCAAAUGUUCCUACCAUCAGUCCAGUACCGGCAAAGAUUCUACAAUCUCAUUCUUGAGAUGACAGCUGAUCAGGAAGGGAUGGUCACAGAUUUAGACUCUGAUCCAUCAACUGAUCAAAUGAAGUUUGAGUAUGAGUUGGAUGAUGUGGGGAAGAGGAUUGUCUUGGGAAAAGGCACGUAUGGAGUUGUAUAUGCAGCCAGAGAUUUAAAUACUCAAGUUAGAAUUGCUGCCAAAGAGAUUCCUGAGAAGAAUCUUGGUGAUGUUCAGCCAUUACAUGAGGAAAUCAAACUUCAUUCCCAGUUGAGACAUCGAAAUAUCGUGCAGUAUCUGGGCUCUGUCUCUGAAGGAGGAUUCUUCAAAAUAUUUAUGGAACAAGUUCCUGGAGGAAGUUUGUCAGCCCUCUUGAGGUCCAAAUGGGGUCCACUGAAGGAAAAUGAGUCUACCAUAUCGUAUUAUACAAAACAAAUAUUAGAGGGCUUAAAGUAUCUUCAUGACCAGAAGAUAGUACACAGGGACAUCAAAGGUGACAAUGUGCUGGUAAACACGUAUAGUGGAGUUGUGAAGAUUUCUGACUUUGGAACAUCAAAAAGGUUAGCUGGCCUCUGUCCAAGCACAGAAACCUUCACUGGAACAUUACAGUACAUGGCUCCAGAAGUGAUUGACAAAGGCCAGAGAGGUUAUGGUGCUCCUGCUGAUAUUUGGUCACUUGGAUGUACGGUUGUGGAAAUGGCCACAGGGAAACCUCCAUUCAUUGAACUGGGAUCUCCACAAGCUGCAGUCUUCAAAGUGGGCUAUUAUAAGAUCCAUCCAGAAAUUCCAACAGAACUUUCAGAGAAGGCCAAGAAUUUCAUUUUAUGUUGCUUUGAAGCAGACCCAGAUAAAAGAGCAACUGCUGCAGAAUUGCUGGAGGACACCUUUUUGACCGAAAAGAAGAAACCAUCUCGGCUUGCAGCCCCUCAGGAGUUCAGUCGUAGUAUUUCUGUGCCUGCAGACAGAGUGGGAGGACGCUAUGAUAGAACUACUAAUCAUACUACAUGUCAUGGCCAGAAUUCUCCAGACGAAAUUAGUGCAGGCUUCAGUACUAAGUCGAACCCUGUGAGUGCACGGGGUCCCUCUCUGCUCUCCCCCAUCAGCAUGCCUGCAGCUCUAUCCUUUUCCAGCUUAACCACUACCUGUGAGACAGACCCAGAAACACCCAGUAUUACAAGACGGAGUUCCUCUGGUGGUCUUCUCUCACCCGAGGUGGAUCUGAGCCCAGGGGCCAAAGGACCUGGGGGAGCCCCUGUGUUGGGUGAGGCAGCAGAACAUGAUGGCUUCUACUUGCUGAAGAAAGACUCUCAGCGGCGAAUGACCCUUUCUAGGGUCCUCAGCCAAGAUGAACAUAAGAUUUGUGAGGUGUGGAUGAAGAACAUUCAUCGGGAUGUUGGUGAAACAGUCCUCACAAUGUCCCACCUGGAGAUAGUGAUGCGGGGAAUGAAGGAUUACAUUUCUGAUCAAAAUCGGGAAGUAAUUGAAAGUGCUAUCCACACGCUGAAGGAAGAGCUGGACUUUGAUGCAGCUGCUAUUAGCCAGCUCCACUUUGCUAUCUACCUCUUUCAAGAGUCUGUGAAUGUUGUGUUACGACUUCACAGCAUCAAACCUCAUUGGAUGUUUGCACUGGACAACCUGGUCCGAAAUGCUGUUCAGGCAGCUAUCACUGUGUUAUCUCCUGAGCUUGGAGCGCACUUGGGAGGACAGGAUCAUCCUGAUGGGCCAACAGGGGAGCCAGCAGAGGAGGACUCCAAAUCUGGAGUUUCGACUGUAAACUCGAAUAAAUCACAGAAGACUGUUGACAGCUUUCCUAGUUCAGCCAAGUUCCAAUUGGAGUAUAGAGAACAGAUGGGCAUCCUAAAAGCUGAGAACAUGAGGUUACUACAGGAACUGCUGGAUAGUCAGCGCACCUACCAGGCCCUCCUCAAGCAAGGCCUAGAAGAGCACAAACUUCAGAUCCAAGUAUUAUCUCAAAUGAUGCAACAGUUGAACUUGGUCACUGGUGGAUCGAAAUCCCGCACAGACACUGGCUACAGUUCCCAGCAGUCUGGGUGCUCCUCUACCGAAGGUGCAGGUCAUAUGAGUCUCCUUCCACAGAUCAGCAUCACUGAUAGCUCAGCUGAUCCGAAGCUUAUUGAGUGGCUUCGAAGUCUGCAUCUUGAUCAGGGUUCUGUUGAUAAGUUCCUGUUUGAAGAGUACUGCCUUGAUGAUGUUUUGCUGUAUCUUACCCGUGAGGAUCUCAGAAGGUUAUAUCUCAGGGGUGGAGUUGAACUGCGGGUGUGGAAAGCUGUGUUAAAAUGGCGACGAGAACACCGAUCACCCUCAAACUCUGAUCAUGCAGGAAAGAAUCACAGCUCUUCAGUAGAUGAUGGGUUUUGUUGUGGAACGUAUUUAUUUCUCAUUGCACUUCUGGUAUUGUAUCUGUUACAUUUUUCUGCUUCUUCUUCAUCAGUGGAUAAGUCUUCAUAAUAGAGAAAACAGAUUGUUUCUCACACAAUUUUUCCCCCCACAGUAGAUCUGUCAAAGUUAAAGCAGGAAGAAUUUAAGAGUGAGAGUUAGAAAAGAGAAUAACAUAACCCAUGACUUUUAACAAGUUCUCUGUCUUUUUCACUGAAUAAUCAGUUGACAAAGAAGUGGUUAUAUAUGCAUAGGUAUGUAUGCUGGACAACUCUACUUGAAAGGUUUGUGGGAUAAUGCCUUUUGUGCUGGGAUGAAUCUAGGCUUGUGCAGGCUUGCAUGGGAGAAGUUAGACAUAUAUAUAUAUAUAACAGUAUCAUUGAUUUUAUAUUAGUUAAAGAUUUGUUUGAGAGUUUAGAAUUCCCAUAACAUAAAGCACUUGGCAUACAAGACUUUAUAUGUGGCUGAUACUUAUCCUCAGUUU